GGAUUGAGGAAUGAAAACGUGGGGAAGGUUUGAAUUGGAAUUGUCGAAGAAACAGCAGUCAGCAGCCUAGUAGACGGAGUUAUGAGGGCCCGUGCGCAACGGGUCCCGGCAGAACUGUAACAAGCUUCGACUCCGCCUGCUGUAUUAGGGUUAGCGCACAUUGGCAAGGCAGCAGAGCGCCCGCGAUAACAGAUUGCGGUUUGCGAUUACGCAGAAGGGAGUCCCCUUUUCCGACAGCUGUUCAGCAACUACACCAUCCCCGAGCUGCGAUAUCUCUGUCAAGCCUCCCAUACUCCAAGAAGUCGAUCGCAAUAAUCGUUGCACCGAAUACAGAAGAACUGCAUGGACUUUCUCAAAUCCGCCGUCGCUUCAGCGAUGGCAGCGAAGGGACCGCCAUUCCCCUAUAAUUUUGGCGAUAAAGUCGACCUUGACCCCUCUAUAUGGACUCUGUACAAUGGCACUCGGCGGGAAGAUGGUUCCGAUUGCAGUAUCUUCUCAUUCGAAAUCGCUGCGAAUCGAUCCGCCCUCCCUCUCGCCAGAAAUGCGCUGAAGAAGCUCCGAACACUACGACACCCGGGUGUAGUAAAGGUGCUAGAUACAGUCGAGUCAGAGACGUAUAUAUACAUCGCAACGGAACGCCUAGUACCUCUGCGGUGGCACGUUAAACGAAAGAGUCUAAGUCCUGAGACGGCGAAAUGGGGUCUUUACAGCAUCGCGCGAACCGUCAAAUUUAUCAAUGAUGAGGCCUCGUCAGUCCAUGGCAACUUAAAGGUCGCUUCUGUUUACACAACAGAAAGUGGCGAGUGGAAGCUUGGUGGUUUUGAGGUUUUGAGUAAUGUUAAAGAUGACGAGGCUGUGAUCUAUACAUAUGGCAGUCUUGUCCCAGACUCAGGACGGUAUACACCACCUGAGCUAGCAAAAUCGGGAUGGGAUGCGAUCAAGCGCAAUCCUCACUCUGCUGUAGAUGCGUACAACUUCGGUGCGCUGAUCUUCGAGAUUUUCAAUGGCAGUUUCAGCAGUGACCAGGCUGGGCAGACGAAGAAUAUACCGCCCAGUCUUCACCCAAGCUAUAAGCGUCUCGCCAACCCAAAUCCCAAGGCCAGACUCACAGUGGCUCACUUCCUUGAACAAGGCCGUCGAAAUGGGUCGUUCUUCGACACGCCUCUAAUCAAACUAACCGAGGGAGUUGAGAAUCUCGGGGUGAAGACGGAGGAGGAAAGAGAAGCGUUUCUUGAUGAUCUCGAUCAGCUCACCGAUGAUUUUCCGGAGGACUUUUUCAAAAUGAAAGUUUUGCCAGAGCUAUUGAAAUCAGUGGAAUUUGGAGGCGGCGGUCCCAAAGCCUUCGGACUCGUCAUGAAAAUCGCCACGAAGUCAUCGAAUGAGGAUUUUGACGCCAAGGUCCUUCCCGUGCUUCUUCGACUAUUUGGGAACCCUGACAGGGCUAUCAGGGUGUGCUUACUUGACAAUUUGCCCCUCAUGAUUGACAGGCUCUCGCAAAAAAUAGUCAAUGACAAGAUCUUUCCACAAAUAGUUACGGGGUUCACAGAUGUAGCACCAGUUGUCAGAGAACAGACACUCAAGUCUGUCCUAACAAUCAUCACCAAACUUUCCGACAGAACUAUCAACGGCGAAUUGCUAAAGUACUUGGCCAAAACAGCCAAUGACGAGCAGCCCGGUAUUCGCACAAAUACUACGAUUUGUCUUGGGAAAAUUGCCAAGUAUCUGGGGACUUCUUCCCGUUCCAAGGUUCUCAUAGCGGCCUUUAGUCGCUCACUUCGCGAUCCAUUCAUUCAUGCUCGAAACGCUGCCCUGAUGGCUCUGUCUGUCACAUCGGAGCACUUCUCCGACGAAGACUGCGCGACUCGCGUUCUUCCAGCCAUCUGCCCGUCGCUCAUCGACAAGGAGAAGCUUAUUCGAGACCAAGCAGUCAAGACACUGGACGUGUACGUCCAAAGGAUCAAGAAGGCAGUCGAAAGCAUGCCCGAGACAGCUCUACCACCAGAAAGCGCGAUCUCUGGGAACCCCAGGAUGGGCACACCCCAAGCAGAGGCAGCAGCCGGCUGGGCAGGCUGGGCCAUUUCGUCUUUUACAAACAAGCUCUCCGCUGCAGCAGGGGAUAUUACUUCCUCCAACGGGGCAUCCUCUGUCCCAGCUUCCUCGUCUGCUCCUCCCUCGCGCCCAUCAACAGCAGCUCCCAUCACGUCCAACUCCUCUGCCUCGCCACUCCACCGGCAAACAGUUAAAUCCCCUCCUCCAUCAGCACCCCUCACCCGAAACCCAUCGACAACAGGUGAGUUGUUUUUCCCAGAGGACGACAACAACGAUGAUGGUGCCGACUUUGACGCGUGGGGUGAUAUGGGCGACAUGGACGACGAUGAUACAUCCACUCCGAACAAGAUGACUGCCUCGAUAUCGAGCAAUCAGUUAAACGACAAUACGUUUGCGGAGCCAUCAUCGUCAAAGAAGAAAUCUGCAGUAACGACAACGGCGUCAAGUAAACCGUUUGAUGAUGGCUCGGAGCCAGAUUUCGCGGGGUGGUUGGCGCAGCAGGCGGAGAAGAAGAAGGGAGGAGUGUUGGGGGGGAGUAAAGCUUUGCCGAAGGGGUUGGGUAAAACUACCACUGCGACGACAGCAAAGAAGACGACAGUGCCAGUGAAGAGUAAGCCAGUUGUGGUGAAGAAGAUUGAUACCAAGCCCAAGGAUGAUGAUGGGGACGAUGGGUGGGGUGGAUGGUGAUUUUCGCUGCUUGAGAGACCUAUGUAUGAUGAUAUAAAAACUAGGUACUUAUAAUAUAGACCGGUUUUGGUCAGGGGUUUGGUGGAGGCGAUCGAAAAAGCAUGGGAAGCAAACUUGGAGGGGUUUUUUUCGUGUUGUGUUUUGGGUUUGCAUGCGAGGAGAAAUGGAGUUGCGAUUGAUGGGCGGCUUGUUGAAUGUGCUGUAGAUAGUUUACAAACCAAAUAAUGGGAAAGCGAGG